CAAGGACCAUCUCAUAUAAGCUGGCUUCAGAAGUGGUUGUGGCCUUGGAGUCUGUAACUAUUUCCAUCCAAAAGUUCCUCGAUAAAUCUGUAAGUGGGAGUGCAAAAGGAAUUGACCCUGGAUCUACUAAAGAACUCCUUAUUUUCCUGAGAAACAGAUUGGGAGCUUCUGCACAGAAACUUUUGUUUCAGAAGCGUGAUGAUAUAAUCGACAAAAGUUCAUAAAUUAAAGGACAAAUAGUUCAGAAGGUACUCCACAUUUAUUUGGAAAAUUGUCAAUCUACUUCUGAUUCACUAAAUGAGUUGGCUUGCUCUAUCUUGCCUCAGGGGAGCUGAUAACAUUUUGGUCAAGAAGAGACAUGGAUGUGUACUUCUGUUGAACAUCUUUCAUGUAACUUCACAAAGAACUGCAGUUGAAGAUGAUCAGGAGUUGCCUACUCUCUCUCCUUCAACUUUUGUUUCUUGGUACCGAGUCAUGCAUGAAGAGAACCUGGCUGUAAUAAAUAAGUUGAUUAAGGAGGUUGCCUGGUUAGAGAAGCCUCGAACUGCUGCUAAAGUUGAAAAUGUAGAAAAACUCCUGGACAGACUACAACAGUCUGUAAAUGUGGUUGUAUCUUUAGUUAAUAUGUGCAGGACCCAUGAUAAGGUUAGCGUGCAUGGAAUGGCUGUCAAGUAUGGAGGAAAGUUUGUAGAUUCAUUCCUAAAAGUUUUUGGCUUUCUUCAGGCCCAGUUUCAAAUGCACAAUGAGCAGAUAAUUAGCAUGGUUAAGGAGCUCCAGAAAGCAACAAGAACCAUACAGACAUUGUGCUCUGAAGCAAAGGUGUCAAAACAAACAGCUAUCACCAGUAAAAUUCCUGCUACAAAGAGAUCAAUGGAGAGGUUCUUAUUUCAUGUGAAGGCUCUUCUUCACGCUACAAGUGAAUGCACUUUUUGGAUGGGCAAUCUUAAGCAUAAAAAUUUGAUGGGACAUGUUGUCAGCUCGCAAGCAUACGUGGAUGAUCAAAACGAAAAUAUUCAAACAAAAGCCAGUGAAGUGAAUGUUGCGGAUGAACCAAUGAACGUUGCUUGUGAAUGAACAUGAAAGGAGCAUAAUGGAGGAAAGGCAGAGAGGAGUUAGUUCAAAAGAUUUUUUUCCUCGCUUUGAAUAAAUAAUGAAGCAACCCAUGGUUUUUUACCCAUUCAUCUCAGCGAGUGUUUUUCCAUACCGGUGAACAUUCAUGAUGUUGCAAGUAUAGUUAAUUGUGCAAGUCCUGCCCAAGUAAUGAGCAGGCAACACAGACAUGAAAUGAUCAGCCACAGAUGGAAAACCUUUGAGUAAAUGCAUUGUUGAUGGAUAGCUGUAUAUUCUAUACUGAAGUUACAUACAAACUUUUGAGUAAAUGCAUUGUUGAUGGAAAACCUAAAUGAUGAGAUUUUCAAGUUUUGCCCC